AUGGAACCCAAACUUCACAAUGAAGAAAUUUUUCAAAAGUUUCUGUAUGCUUAUCUCAUGGAGAAUGGAUAUCAAAGGACUGCUAAGCUUUUCCAAACUGAAACUCAAAUUACUGAUCCAAUGCCGGAUGAACCACCUGGAUUCUUGUUAGACUUCUGGAAUAUAUUCUAUGAGAUGUAUAACUCUAGACCUAGCCUUCACAUGGAACAAACUUCUCCCCAGAAUCAGGUUAUAGUGCAGCAGCCAAGUAACACUUCCACUCAGAGUCAGGUUAUAGUGCAGCAGCCCAGUAACGCUUCCACUCAGAGUCAGGUUAUAGUGCAGGAGCCAAGUAACACUUCCACACAGAAUCAGGUUUUAGUGCAGCAACCCCUAAACAUUGGUCCUGUAAUCAACACUACUAUUUGGGAUGAAACUCCUAUUCAAUACCAUUCAAGUUUUGAAAGCGGCGCCAAACUUUUAUCCUGCGAUAUUUCAUCAGAUGGAAAAAUUGUAGCAAGUGUUGGUAAAAAGAUUGGGAGGAAGCCUUUCAUUUGCUACACGGAAACUAGGCGUUCUGUUACUACACAAGACAAACAUAGAGAAACAAUCACAGAAGUUAGAUUUCAACAAGAUUCAAAUCUGUUUGCAACCGCUUCUGUUGAUACAACAGUAAAACUAUGGAAUGCAACAACUUUGAGCUAUACGAAACAUGAGAAAGGACUUAGACACAGAGGGACUGUAAGAUCGUUGGACUUCCACCCAUUACACGAAAAUACUCUUUGCUCAUCGGACGAUACUGCAAUAAAAGUAUGGGAUCUCAAUAAGUAUAUCAAGGCUAAUUGGAUUAAGGAAGGAGGAAGGGUAGUGAGAGUCCGGCCUGUAUCUGGGAAUCUUUUGGCAGUUGCUAAAGGAAAUGAUAUCACCUUAAUUGAUUAUCCUAAUUUGUUUGUUACCAAUAAACUUCAGGGACACGUUAAAGCCAUUAACUCCAUGUGUUGGGAUGUCACCGGGGAAAUGAUUGCCUCUGUGAGUGAAGAUGAAGUACGUGUCUGGUCGGUGAGCGAAGGACGAUGCAUACAUAGCUGUCCAGCUAAAGGGAGGAAGUUUCAGACUGUCAUAUUUCAUCCUCGAUACCAUAUGUCUUUAGUUAUUGGUGGCCAUCGGUGUUUGUUAUUGUUGAACCUUGAGAGUAAGAGGGAAUAUACUACACCAUAUGCGACUGAGCUAUCAAUUACAGGACUAGCAGCAGCUACCAAGGCACAGGCGCAAAGUCAAUUCAUUGUAUCAGCUAGUGAUGAUUCUGUGGUGAAGAUUUGGAAAUGA